AUAGAAGCAGCAGCAAAAUCGGAAGCAGCUGCCCUGGAGCUUUCACUAGGCUCUAUCGAGUGUUUUUCCCAGCCAGUUAGUCUUUCACUGGAUAUGUUCCUAGCUGCUUGGGGUUUCCGCGAGUGAGUUUGUGUGCGAUUGUUUUGUAACGACCUCCGCGAGUUAUCAACCGGUCAAGGGACUAACGACUAACGGACUUCCGGUUUCAAAGGAUUACUUCUUAAGCUGUCCAGGUGAGCUGCUCUGAUUGGCAGUAGGGCGCCACGUGCCCCAGGAGGAAUAUACGCUAUGGAUUGAAUUUAAAUUGGCCGUCAACCUGUUGAUUGUCCUCGUCCUCUUCUUCGUCGUUCAUUUACCGCGGGGUGCAUUCUGGGUUUGCUGACCCAAACCAUUCAAAGUUGGUGCAAAACAGUACCAGUGUCUCCAUUCCAUAUUAGGCUUUAAACUGGUGCACUUUUCUCGGGAAAGGGGAAGAAGGUGAAAGUGAUUUAGGUGAAGUAAGAUAACACGACUGAGAUCACGCGAUUAUCAAGGGGGGUAUAGAUGCAAUUUAAAUUUAAUCUCAUCAUUUGCCUCAACAAUCACAACAACAUCAGAGGCAUAAACACGUUUGGCCCCCCGCCUGGAAAUACUUAGGCUUGUGCAAUUUUCAACGAAUCGUGCGUGAAUAGUUUCGGGAUGUUUUCGACAUGUGUCCGAUGAUGGGAGCUAUAAUUAUAAGUUUAGGCUGUUAUCCAGCAAAAUCUGCAAUAAGUUUAAAAAGUUAAAAAAAAAGGUGAUUUGAAAUUGAAGAAAAAACAAACCACGGGAUUAAGCCGAUUUCGUUGGGAUUAUGGUGUAGUAAUUCCUCUCAACAACAAAAUAUCAAGUGAUCGUUGAAUAACACAAUCGUUUCAAGUGGAAUUGCUCUUGAAAACAUGCAAAGGUGUGAGGUUCUUUGAAAAAAUCUUUAUUCCUCAAGCUUCGAAGCUAAUUAGAAUCGGCACUGAAUGGAUUGAAAGGAAGAAUAAGCUCACUUCUAAUCGCUCGGACCCGGAUUUAUUGAACAGCAACAACCAACCAAUCAACGCAAAGAAAAUGGAUCCUUGGCCGAGGGUAUUAACCUAACGAGGACGUGCGGCGCCCCCUAAAUUGACCACACCAGGCAUCAGUCGAUGAGUGUGUGGACAGCCAAAAGCCGCACUAAGAAGGAUAAUGGCUCUGUCCAACUUGUCAUCCAUCGUACUCGAAUCUAUCUACGGUGUGGUGGCCGACGGAAACCUAACGUUAUCGGAAAAUUACACAACCGACAGCAUUGCCGCUUCAUUCCAGUGGCCGGACGCGGUUUUAUUGCCCACCAUCGAAAGUUCCGCCAAUACCAGCACCCACCACAACAUCAGCCGCCCGGGUCCGAUACAAGUCAUUAGUAAUUUCACGUUGAUUGACAACAGCGGGUGGGAAAAUGGCACUUCUUCCUCGGUCUCCAGCAGCUAUCAUCAGCAGCCAUCGCCGCAGCUUCUGUUGUUGCCGACUUACCUCUCGACGCUGGCCACGGUGACGAGAAGCAUUUUGGAGUCUAAUCUGACCGAGAUCACACGCUAUUCCCUGGAAGACUGCCAGCUUCUUAACAUCACCUUCGACGAAAAUGGCACCGGAAUCAAUCAUCCCGAUGUAGUGUGCCUCCCACACGCACCCACACUCUACAAAUCGGCAGUGAUACGGGUCAUAGUGUUGUCCGCCAUGGCCCUGGUAUCACUUCUCGGGAAUAUUGCCACCAUGUGGAACAUUCGCAAGAAUCGCAAAUUUCGACGCCUGGCGCGACACAACUGGAGCGCCAUCUAUUCGCUCAUUUUUCACCUGUCGAUAGCAGAUCUUCUGGUCACCGUGUUCUGUAUGAUCGGUGAGGCCGCCUGGAGUUAUACCGUCGAAUGGGUGGCCGGGUCGGUGGCCUGCAAGUUGUUCAAGGUGGUGCAAAUGUUUAGUUUGUAUCUGUCGACCUACGUGCUGGUGCUAGUCGGUGUGGAUCGCUGGGUUGCAGUUAAGUAUCCGAUGAAAUCACUCAACACUGCCCGACGUUGUCAUCGAUUUCUGCUCGGGGCUUACAUGCUGUCGUUUGUGCUCAGCAUACCUCAGUGGAUCAUUUUCCGGGUAGCCAAAGGACCGUUCCUGGAAGAUUACUACCAGUGCGUGACCCACGGUUUCUACGACUUCCGGUGGCAGGAGCAACUCUACACUACCUUCACCCUCAUCUUCAUGUUCAUCAUACCGUUGCUGAUUCUAAUUGGCUCGUACCUGUCGACGUUCCGAACGAUCUCGAGCAGUGAAAAAGUAUUCCGGAUAGAUCCGACGAUAUCGGAUAGGUCGUUCUAUCGCCGCUCGGACACAAACCGGCAACGGUUGAUUCACAAAGCCAAGAUGAAAUCACUGCGGAUAUCGGUCGUCAUCGUGGUGGUGUUCAUCGUUUGCUGGACCCCGUACUACAUCAUGAUGCUGAUCUUCAUGUUUCUCAAUCCCUCCGAACGGUAUCCAGAUGACCCAACGUUUCUUUCUCCAAAAGGAAAUCCUUCAACCUUGGACAUCUUCCUCACUAACAUGACAAUCUCCAAACCGAGUGCACUCAACGAACUUGGAUCAGAUCACUUCCCCGUUGUCAGUGAAGUGAAUGCCAUCACCGAAGCUGCUACUCCUUGGAUACGGAAGGACUACUGCAAUGUCAACUGGAUUGCUUUUCGCCGCCUAGUGGACUCCAGAAUUGAGGACCAACCGGUUCUAGACUCCUCCGAAAACAUAGAUCGUGCUGUGGAUGGCCUAACCCAAGCAAUAACAUUAGCAGACGAGACUCUCAUUCGAAGGGUGCCAGUGAAAUCUGAUCCGAUCGUGAGCGUGCGCGCAUUGGAAGAGGUUCUUAACCUCAUCGUCGUCUUCGUCUUCGUCGUCAUCAUCGUCAUUCGUGCCCAAAAGAUGGUCUGA